GAGCGACUUCCGGUGUGGCUGGUGUAGGUGGGUGAAGACGGAGCGGGCUCCUGCUGCUCGCUCUCACUCCCUCGCGCUCUCUCGGGCAACAUGGCGGGCGUGGAGGAGGCAGCGUCCUCCGGGAGCCACCUGAAUGGCGACUUGGAUGCAGAAGACAGAGAAGAGGGAGCUGCCUCUACGGCUGAGGAGGCGGCCAAGAAAAAAAGACGAAAGAAGAAGAAGAGUAAAGGGGCUGCCACGGGGCAACAAGAACCUGAUAAAGAACCAGGAGCUUCAGUUGAUGAGGUAGGAAGACAAUUGGAAAGACAAGCACUGGAAGAGAAAGAAAGAGAUGAUGACGAUGAAGAUGGAGAUGGUGAUGGAGAUGGAGCAACUGGAAAGAAGAAGAAAAAGAAGAAGAAGAAGAAAGGACCAAAAGUUCAAACAGAUCCUCCCUCAGUUCCAAUAUGUGACUUGUAUCCUAAUGGUGUAUUUCCCAAAGGACAAGAAUGCGAGUACCCACCCACGCAAGAUGGGCGAACAGCUGCUUGGAGAACUACAAGUGAAGAAAAGAAAGCAUUAGAUCAAGCUAGUGAAGAGAUUUGGAAUGAUUUUCGAGAAGCUGCAGAAGCACAUCGACAAGUUAGAAAAUAUGUUAUGAGCUGGAUCAAGCCUGGGAUGACAAUGAUAGAAAUCUGUGAAAAGUUGGAAGACUGUUCACGAAAGCUAAUAAAAGAGAAUGGAUUAAAUGCAGGCCUGGCCUUUCCUACUGGGUGUUCUCUCAAUAACUGUGCUGCCCAUUAUACUCCCAAUGCGGGUGACACGACAGUAUUACAGUAUGAUGACAUCUGUAAGAUAGACUUUGGAACACAUAUAAGUGGUAGGAUUAUUGACUGUGCUUUCACUGUCACUUUUAAUCCCAAAUAUGAUACAUUAUUAAAAGCUGUAAAAGAUGCCACUAACACUGGAAUAAAGUGUGCUGGAAUCGAUGUCCGUCUAUGUGAUGUUGGUGAGGCCAUCCAAGAAGUUAUGGAAUCCUAUGAGGUUGAAAUAGAUGGCAAGACAUAUCAAGUGAAACCAAUCCGUAAUCUAAAUGGACAUUCAAUUGGGCCGUAUAGAAUACAUGCUGGGAAAACAGUGCCAAUUGUGAAAGGAGGAGAGGCAACAAGAAUGGAGGAAGGAGAAGUGUAUGCCAUUGAAACCUUUGGUAGCACAGGAAAAGGCGUUGUUCAUGAUGAUAUGGAAUGUUCACAUUACAUGAAAAAUUUUGAUGUUGGACACGUGCCAAUAAGGCUUCCAAGAACGAAACACUUGUUAAAUGUCAUCAAUGAAAACUUUGGUACCCUUGCCUUCUGUCGGAGAUGGCUGGAUCGCUUGGGAGAAAGUAAAUACUUGAUGGCUCUGAAGAAUCUGUGUGACUUGGGCAUUGUAGAUCCAUAUCCACCAUUAUGUGACAUUAAAGGAUCAUAUACAGCACAGUUUGAACAUACCAUACUGUUGCGUCCAACAUGUAAAGAAGUUGUCAGCAGAGGAGAUGACUAUUAAACUUAGCCCAAAGCCACCAUAACAUCUUUUAUUUUAUAAGCUUUGUUGGAAUACGUUAUACCAGAAUUAAUUCUGCCAUAUGUCUGUUUAACAAGUGGACCGAUGUAAUACUUUCAUUCAUGUUUAAAAAGGAAGGAAUUUGAUCAAAGGCAAACCAUCUAAUGUAAUUAACCACCAAAAAGCUUUCAGGACUCAAAUGUUAACUGUUUUUCUCCUGUCUAGAAAAUACUAUAAAGUUCAAAUUAGGAAUGACUUAAACAUUUUGUUUUGAACACCUAAGAGAUGCUUUUCAAAUAUUUAUAUUGCCAUAUUCUUAUUUGAAUGCUUUGAAUGACUACAUCCAAUUCUGCACCUAUACCUUCUGGUAUUGCUUUUUAACCUUCCUGGAAUCCAUUUUCUAAAAAAUAAAGACAUUUUCAGAUCUGAGAGCUAUAUUUCAAUGUCUGUGAUUAUAAUUUUGCACAGGAAAUAGCACCAUAAUGUAGUGAAAUGCAGAGCCUUUUAUCUGGUUGCAGACCUCUACGCUGAAACUUUUUUUCUGACAGAGUGGCCAAAUAAUAUCCAUACAUAUAUAAAGUGGGAAGAGGGCUUCAUAAAUUAAUAUACAGCUUUAGGAAUAUUUUGGGGUUUUUUUAGGACCAUAUUAGUCCUUUAGUUUUUCCCUGACAUUGGAAAGGUCUAUUUGAAAUAUGACUUAAUAGGAACAUUGUACCAACUUGAAACCUUGAUUUAGUAAAAUCUCAACAUUUAGAUCAUUUGUGCAGUGGUAUAUUUAUCAAGAAAUGUAUUCAGCUUUCUCAGUAAACCAAACAGGCAUUUAAAAUCACAAAAUAGGAAAACUUCCCAUGAUUGAGUCUUGUCCUAGUUUGACAAGUUAAAUUGAAUUAUUAGGCUUUUCAUUAGCUGCCCCUUGAUUGGUUUGGAUUCAUGACAUUAUGGGUGAUAUUUCAGGAAGUGAGGUUACAGUGACUCACUAUAGCAGCUAAAUGCAUAAGAUAAGUUGAAUGUAAAAUGCAUAAUACUUGAACUGAGUCCCACUACCAAUUCUUAAACAGAUUGCUUGAAUUCUAUGUAAAUGACUUUGGGGGGAUGUUCCAACAUAAUUUCAAAAGUUAUGUACCAAGGUAAAACCGUAAUUUGUAUGUUUAGCACGGUAACAUUUAUUGCCUCUGGGAUGCUGUUUGUAUUUUCAUGUUUUUCUCAUUGGAAGAGAAACCUGACUUCUGUACUUAGAUCAUUUGUUAUACAUUAAAAAGUGGCUUUCAAAAUUGGAAAUAUAA